GAGUGAUCUGUCGAGAUAAUUCAUGCGUGGAAAAUGAUUGCCUCGAAAGAACUAUGUAUAAAAAAAACUUAUUAGAGUUUCUUUCACUCAGCUAAUUUAAGAAAUGAAUUAACUCAGAUAACUCGUGUUGAUUAAAUCUUCAAACGUUAUUGUAUAUAUAGUUGUAAAUUUUGAAUCAUUAGGUGAAGCAACCAAAAAUUUCACUUUCUAUAGAUACGUGGAGGAAAAGCUAUCGUAUAUACGUUGUUUUAUGUUACUUUGUUGUGCUGUCAAAACGUGGAACAUUUUUCUUAUAUUGUACAUCUCAAAGGUACCUAAUGUAAUGCAUAAAUAAAAUAAAACUUAUACGGAUUUGUGUUGUUGGCACAUGGAGACGUGUCGACGUUUAUUCAGUACCAAACCUCUUCACCUUGACCUAAAUUGCUUUCCCGAUUUGCUUAUAUCAUCACCCAAUGCCGACAAGAUUUUAAAUUUUGUACCUAUCUUCAUACACAUAUAAAAAUGUAAUGCAGUUUCGUACAUUUUCAAGUAAACAAAUGAUAAACUAUUGAAUAAUACAUGCAGAAGAUGAUUGGGCAUUAUUUCCACGUAAUUCAAAGUUAAAUCACCAUAACACGACAAAGUGGCUAAUCGUGGCAGGAUCCACAAGCAAUAUUCAGUAGGUGUCAAGGGUACAAUAGAAAAUUCAUGUUGAGCUCAAUAAUUCAGAUUCAUGAUCACAGAUCCACAAUAUAUAAAGAGCUAUGACCGUGAACUUUGAACAUCAAACGCACUACACUCUACAUCCUCAAACUCCAAUGCACAACUCAUCACGAGCUCUAACUCAAAAUGACAGAAAUACCCUCGUACACUAUUGAAAACCCUAGUUUCGAGCCUACAAAGGUUAAGAAACAAUACAACAUAUACUCUUCGUUUCUCCCGAUCCUCUUAUCGAUAUUCACCUACAUUUUGAUCUUCUACGUUCUUGACGUCUCUCCUUCAUUGAUCUUCAACAACACAAAGAUCUUGUUCUUUGUUUCCAACGCACUUGUUCUCAUCAUAGCGGCAGAUUACGGUGCAUUCGCUGAGAGAGAGAACCACGACUUCUACGGAGAAUACACGGCCGCGACGAGAAGCAACACGAUAGAAAACUAUAAACCGGAAAACUCGGGCUAUGAGAUGGGUUUGGCGGAAGAAAUCAAGAAAAGUAAGACACAAGAAGAAGAAGUCAGAGCGAAAGAUAUACCACGUUACUUGCAUCACAAGGACGAGGAAGUUCCUGAGAAAACAUUACAAGUCGUAAGCGAGAACAUUCCGAGAAGCAAACUUAUCCAAAAACACGAGCCAACGACUGAGCACAACAUUAGUAAUGGAGAAACUUGCAAAGCAAGAAAGCUAGUGAACCCUAAACCCUACGGAAGAAGCAAAUCUGAUAAAGCAAGCUCAGAACGUCAUCGUCGAGAGAUCAAACCUAGGCCUAAGAGUUACGUUCGAAGCAAGUCUGACGAUAGCUCGAAAUGGAUGGUUGUUCACAAGGGCCAGAAGAAGGCUCAUGAGGAGGCGGAGGAGAAGUGGGAGAAUGUAAGAGAAGAAUCUGAAGAAUUCGCGAAGAUGUCGAACGAGGAGUUGAACCGACGAGUCGAAGAUUUCAUUCAACGGUUCAACAGAGAUAUCAAACGACAAAGUUUAGUCUAAGUUUAAUUUCAUUUAAUUUGUCGUAAUACGGCAAGUCUAGUCAGCCUUUUUGUGUCAUUUUUUGUUUAUUAUUUUUACUUUGCUUUUAUAUGCGUUUGUCGUUAGAGUUGGUAAUAAAUGAGAUCAUGGAGAUAAUCGUGAAUGAAUUUUAAUUUCUAUGGCUGAAAGUAAUGAAAGCAGAUGUUAAAAAAAAAAAAGAAUUCUUGCCUGCUUGUUUAAUUAAAGUAAACUCUCAUCCCAAGCUCAGGUGAAAUUUCAGUCCUUGUAUCCUUUAAUGUUACGUGAGCCAAGAGGAAAGGACUGAUGAUUAGAUUAGGCCAUUACUUUACAGUUAGUGUUACUAAACUAGGUAACAUCUAUAUAGUAGUGAUUAAGACAUUACAUUGCGAUGUAUUUGUUCCUGUCAGAUUCUUGGGUUUUCAAGAUUAAAGGCGACUGGAAUUAUUCUUAGAUGUCCGGCUUAAUCCACAUUCAGCAUAGAGAACUACUUUAAAUAAAAACUAGAUAACUUCAUGUGUGGGAUCAAAGGUAAACUGGAGAAUUCAAAGGAGUUUCAGAAGUAUUUUGCGUUUAGUCUAGAGAAGAAUAUAAAACUGAGGCACCGUGAAGAUGGAGCACGGUUUAGGAUUUUCAUAAUGUAGUUUGCAUGUUUUUAAUGAUAGAUUAGAUCUCGAUCCUCGCAAUCGCGCGGAUUUUUGUUCUCAUUUAUUUUUGUAUAACUUUUUGUUUUCAAUUCUAAAUUGGUAUAUAUUAUAAUAUAUGUGUCUAUCAAUUUUUAAAACAUAAUAAGUUUACAAUAUAUUUUCUUCAUUGAAUAUAUUAUUUCAAACAUUCACAUGUAUUUGUAUAUAUAUAUAUAUAUAUAUAUAUAUAUAUAUAUAUAUAUUCAGAUUAUUAUUUCAUUAUUAAAAUCAUAACUAUAUAUAUAAAUAUUAGUAAAAUAUUAUUUUAUUAUCAUAUUCAAAGAUAUUGUAACAUUUCACAAAUUUAGAAUUUUUUUAAAAAAUUAAACUUUUCGCUUCAUAAAUUUAUAUUAUCGAGUAAAUAAUUAAACAAUGGUAAACAUAAUAAUUUAAGAAAAAUGUAUUCACAUGAUUUAAACAUGGAAAAAAACUCUUUGUUGGAAAAGAAAACAAUGUGAUGUUGAUGAUGUAAUUUGUUAACGUUGCUAGAUUUUCAAUCCCUUUGUUUUCAUGUCGUACCUAACAAUUUGUUUAUUUAUUAAAAAAAUAGAUCAAUAAUAUAAUGAGGUCAAUUUGUUACUGAGGUAAAGUGGCAUUUUCAUUGUAACUAUUGUCUUCAUAUAGAAGUAUCAAAAGCAAAUAUUGAUGCUUUGAAGAAAUUUCAUAUAAUCUUCUUUUUGUAUCUCUGGCUACUGCUAUUCAGGUUCCAAAGCUUGCGAAAACAGUUUCGUUCAACUGUAAAAACCACACUUUCAUUUUAUAUUUUAUAUCUUGUCUUCAUGUCAUGAAUCAUUUACCCUCUUGGUUUCUUCUUGACACAUAGAGUCAUCACCAGAAACAAGUGAGGAUAAACAUAACAAGUCUCUAUAUAUACACCAAGCAUCGUCAUAACAUGAUGAGAAUCUUUCAAAUUCAUUUGUAGGAUUUUGUUUUUGUCCAACUCUUUUCACGAAAUAAUGUGUUAGACAAGUGGUUGUUUUUAUUUUAAACAACAAAGAGGAAAAAAAACCAAAGACACUACUUGUGAAAACAUUUUCAAGCAUUUGGUUGAAUCUAGUUUUUAACAAAUUUAACAGUUUUAGUUUUAAUCAUCUAAAUUUUCAUUAAUCAAAAAAAAAAUCAUCUAAAUUUUCGAAAACAGUCUUUAAACUGAACCGGAAAGAAACACAAAACUGGUUAACUAUCAGUCUCAUCUUCAAAGUUCAUUACAAAAUCGGUUUUGUUCUCAGAAUCAUCACUGCCUCGUCUAGAGACAUCCGACCUUCCUUCUUCUGUUAAGGCUGUCUUCUUGAAUUUGGUAUUUUUAAUUAAAUAUUCAAAAUACGUCUUUAUUUGAACAAGCUCUUACAAGAAUACCAAAAGUUCCGCAUUCACAUUUAAAUCUAGUUAUCAAUAUAAUUUCUUCAGAUUUUUAGAUAUAACAAAAGUCCAAAUAAUUUAUAAUUAUAUCUUCAGAUCUUCGGAUAUAACAAAAGUCCAAAUGCAUUUGAUAAAACAAGAAUACUUAUUGAGAUUCGCAGACAAAUGUUAGUUUUGACUUAUGAUGGAUAGUUUCCUUCAUGAUGGAAGAAUUAAGUGGGCUCUACAGUGGACCAGUACCAAAAAUGUUAAUUCGAAAAUAUCAGUCAUAUAGCUAAAGCCUCGAAGUCAGAGAAAAAGCAAAACAUAAAUAAAGAAGAGAAUGAGGUUAAAACUUUAGGUGAUGUGAUUUCUUUUACCAAAAUUCUUGAUUAACUACAAAAUCCUUGUAAUCAAAAACAAAAUACUGUACUCCUAACCCUAACUUCUAUAUGAUUUUGAAUUUGCAUUGUGCGUGAAAGGAAGAAAACGAAUAAAAAGGAAAAAAGAAGAUUUGGAUUUGGACCCAACGUGAGGGCCGAUAGGCUAAUGUGCCAAUGUGGUCUGAACCGUAUUAAAUUAGUCUGGCCAGACACAUUAUUGACAUUACAGUAUCUAUCACAGGCCUAUUUUAACCUAAUAUCAUUAUAGAAGUCCUCAAUUUAAUUGUUACAUUAUUUUUUUUUUUUCCCUUCAAGUGAUUAUAUUAUCAAACGAUGAAACAUACAUGACCAACGGACUAAGAUAUGCCGUGGUUAGCUAAUCCGACAGACAACACAAUGUCUCCGGAACCUAGAACCCAUAAAGGACAACAGAAGCCCAAACAAUAACAAACCAGGGCACUUACAGACCAACAUUUUAAGCUGAGUAACAAGACUCAUGGACCACUGAUAGCACACUCAACAAAACAGAGAAAUCUAAAUGAUAGAGAGUCUAUGAAAAUUGUUAAACGGGAAUGCCCCUGGCCAAACCACCGUAAAACCACUCCCUCCUAGUACAACGAGGAUACACCUCAAGAACCAAGUAACACAAGCUUCACAAACCGGUAAGGGAGAACCUUCAGAUUCAAUCAACCUCCGGAAACAGAUGAGUCGUACAAGACUGAGAAACGCCAAGUAAUGAAGCCACACCAAAAUCAAAUCUCCACAAGAUCUGAACCAGCAACUAGGAGCCAAGCCCACCUAAUCCGGAGCACCAAGAGCACAGGCCACGAACGGCAUAAAGACGGAUCAGAGGAAUCCACGACAAACUCCACCCACUUAGAUUAAAACUGAAAAGGAGAGAGCCACACAAGAAAUCCAGAGAUAUGCAACACAA